GAUGGUUCUAUCAUACCCACAGAAAAUUGAGUUGAUGUUCCCUUAUGAUAAUAGGGUAGGCUGUUGAGGAACUUGAAAUUAAAAGGACUAAAUUGUGAUUUAAACCCCGUUGAUUCUAUUACGGAAGCUCGAGAGAACAGCACAGUUUUAUUACCCCGAGGAAAGAAUCCGGAGGAGGCGUGAUUUAAAUGCUUCGGUGCAGCAAUGUCUGUGCCCGUAGCACAUUUGCUACCAGAUUGACUGGCAAUGGAGUCUCCGUUCUAUUCAGUAGACUCCCAGGAGGGCUUCCGGCGAAACAUAUUGCUCUGAAUGGAUCCGAAUAUAGGAGGAGUAUUUCUACCUCGAGGUCCGAUAGACGUUCUCCGCGUGGCGCGGAACGUGCCCCACGAUUAAGAUCAGAUGCUCCACGCCGUGCGCCAUCCUGGAAGAAGACCGGCUACAUGAAAUCCAAUGUGAAAGAUGAGGAGGUCGUUGCAGCAGAUCUUGGCGAGGACUCAAAGGUAGGGGCUGACGGGAAAUUACAACCGGGUGAGAAAAGAAUAUGGAGGCCAACGGUGUCGAAGAAGGCAAUCGACAUUGAAUUGGAGUGGGCAAGGGAUCGGGUUGCUCUGUCAAACCGAGUGAAGCAGAUACUUAAAAAGGGGGACUUUGAGAAGGCAGUUACAUUGGUGAGGACGGCCCAGUCGAGGGGCUAUGAUUGUAUGGUUGCUUGGAACGAGCUGUUUGACCAUGAGAUGAAAAAUGAUAAGCCGGUUGCGGCUUUCAAGCUUUAUAACGACAUGAAAAAAAGAGGUCGGAAGCCUAACACAUACACCUACACUAUUAUGUUUCGAGGCUUAGCGCACAGCAGUUCAAAUAAAGCAGUACAGAUAGCACGCUCGAUUUACAAAAGCUUGUGCUCACCCAGCUCCGGAGUCAAACCCUCUAUCCUGCAUGCCAACGCCGUUUUGGGCGUUUGUUCCAGACAUGGUAAUAUGGAUGCUCUGUGGGAAGUGGCUGGGUCCCUUCCUGAACGUGGUGACGGCGCGCCAGACUCUAGGACUUUUACGAUUAUACUCAAUGGCAUCCAGACCCGUACAGCCAACGAAAUUAAGGCGUUUAAUCCGCGUAGUCAAGCGGAUGGGAUUGCGGAGAAGAGAGCGGCAGCGGUGCGGGAAGGGAAAAGAAUAUGGGCUGAUGUUGUGCGUCGAUGGAAAAUGGGAGCAUUUGUUGUCGACCAACCUCUAGUGUCUGCGAUGGGGCGUUUGCUUGUUUCUGGCCUACGAAAACGCGAUUGCCUCGACGUGUUUGCUCUGCUGCACCAAACGAUGGAAGUUCCUUUUCUUGAAGAUGUGGAGGCGCAGCUUGGAGCACUCCGAAGCAGAGAGCAAGCGAAACAUACAGAGCAAGCGAAACAUACAGAGCAAGACGACCUGAAGCCGGCGGAACAGCAACAAGAAGCCACUUCUGAAAUCAGCCCAGAGUCAGAGAAGGUGUCAAUGGACAGCGAUGAAACAGACCCUCUUCUAAACGAGGAACCGAAACAGAUAUCUGAGGAACCGGAACCGCUGCCCGAAGAGCCGGAACCAGUAUCUGAAGAAUCGGGAUUUCCAGACGAAGAAGCCGAACAAUUCAAUGAAGAGCCCGAACCAUUAUCAGAAGCCGAAGAGUUUAAAGGACUAUUCAACCCAGUAGACCUCGCGCAGAUCCGUAAAACCUCUCAAGCGAAUAGGAAUUCCCGCCGCCCAAAAAUCACCCGCCCCAUUCCCACAAACGACGAAUUAUCCUUGGUACUAGCAGCUUCCCGAACCACGCCAAACGGCAUUGCCAUUGGUCGAGCGUACUGGGAACAUUUCACAUCGGGACCUGCACAGUCCGCGAUAAAGCCAGACACGCAUUCCUUCCACGAAUAUCUGCGCCUACUGCGCAUUGCUCGCUCCAGUGCCGAAACCCUUCGAGUCAUUAAAGCCAUGCUAACUCGAGCCGGCAUGGUUGCGCGCAAAACCUUCGUCAUCGCGAUAAGUUGUUGUUCCCGCGAUCGGAAGAACCCGCACGUACUCGAGACAGCAGGCCAACUGGUCGGCAUUAUGGAUACGGCGCUCAUGCAGCCGGAGCCUGAAAUCCUCUCGAAGUACGUGGAACUUGUCAGAUAUGGCAUUUCGGAGGAAAGCGUUCAGGAAUCCACUCCGGUCCGGUCACGCAUGUCGGAUCCGCAGACUACCGAUCAUGUGUUUAAGAAGAGGGUAUUAGACGCAAUUACCGCUCUGCGGCCUCAUGUGGACAAGCUCAUAUCACUGCUUGCCUACGCGACGCUUUCUAAACAUGGCAAAGACGUGGAUGAUGAAGGGACAAGGGUCAAAGCUGCAUCGGAGAGAGUUGCUGAGGGCUCUUGGCCAUUCUCUCGGCACUAUCUACCUCCCUUUGAGGAGUCAGUUUAUAUCCUGAAACAGGCCAAGCAACUACAUGAUCUGGCGCUUAAGGAAAAGUCGCUCAGCGCUGAAGAGCGGACCGCGCUGACAACUGAAAAUCAACAGCUGAAGGCCAUUCUCAGUCCAAAGAAAUAGAGGGGAAAGCAUUUUAUCAAUAUAAUUGUGCCGAAUGAUUUCAUUUAUCAGAUCCGCUUGCUGCAUUUUCUUGUGAGGCAUCUGCAAUUCCGCUUUUACAACACCUAUACCUCUAAUUUUUUUCGACGCCCCUCAUGGAUUCCGUGUCUCGCGUGGCGUCCGUUGUUUGAUCGAUCCAGCUAAUUACCUUACAUCUGUAUAUUUUAGAUCCAUGCUUCGUCUCUCUGGUUGUUCUUCUACAAUUAUCAUGGAGCACUAUCAAGUUCUCAUUCUUUCUUAUACCUUCUAUUGAUCAUGUACUAUAUAGACAUCAUACCCCCCUGUCUUCCCAUUCCAUUUAUUCAUGAGGCGCCACGUGUUCUUUGGAUGACCGUUCUUUAGGUAUGUUUUUGUACGAUAUAUUGUCUGUAGUUGUGCGAUUGUGGUGUGAAUUUUUUUUUCUUUUCCUUUUACUGCACUACAUCAGAGAAUAAAGGCUGGCGUCUUUUUGAUUUCUUCUCGUUUUGUCCAUUUUGAUAAAACCUCCCUCCCAUAGCCAGGAAGCUUGGGUUAAGAAUAUAAAGCCUGUUCUGACUCAUGGUAGAAAGUAUUUUCCUGUAUCACUGAACCGAAACAUGUUUACUGAGCAUACAUAGCCUGCGGCCGCAACACCUAAAGCAACGACGUAGAAGGGUCGGAGUUGAGAGAGGUAUUUCGAAGGUAGGAAAAAGGGGGCUUGCAUCAAUUUCUUUCUUUCUUACUCCUGGACCUGGACCUCGUUUUGGCAUUGAAUUCCCCGGGUUCCAACUUCUUAAGAUAGCGGGCUCUGAUAGUUUGUCGAUUAGAAAUGUCUGGUGGGUUGAAAAACACAAGGGAGCCUGAGAAGAAAAAAAAAAAAAGCGAGCGUCGACAUUUUGGUAGAUAGUUUCGGAGAAUAUACCAAACGUAUAGAAUAAUAGUUAUUAAUGUUGAAAAGCGGAAUAGCCAGCUACUUCGUGCAUAGAUAUAUAGAAGAAAUGUAGUAAAUCAGUGGGAGUGGAC